AUCCAACGCAUUGAAACAGGACGCUCUCAUGUUCCGUCGUCGUGUCUCUUUGUACGCUUAUCACAUGUUUUGCUCUUUGCCCAUUUAUCAUCUCUUUCUUGCUUGUAGAUCAAGCGUCCAGUAGCUUCAUCUGUUAGGUAAGCCGAAUGCAUUACGAUUUUUGAUCACUUGACCCGGUUUCGAGAUUUGACUUGAUCGUAUGAUGACUGUCUUUGCUUCAACCAUGGCAUACGACCAGUCAAGAUUAUCCCCAGGACCCCAGAAUAGAUGAAAAUUCUAGUCAAUAUUGCAGGUUAUAUAGGCAAUAAUCUCUAGCCCUCUGCGUUGAAGAUUAUCCGCAGAAUAUAUGAAAAUUCUAGUCAAUAUUGCAGGUUAUAUAUAUAGGCAAUAAUCUCUAGGCCUCUGUGUUGAAAUCUGAUAACGCUGGAAGCUUAAAAUGUCAAAGAGCAGUUCAAAUCGUUUUGCAAGCGUUGCGAUUCUGCAGCUGGUUUUGCUGUCGUUGUUUUCUGGAUCCGCCGCGGCGAGGGAUGUCCCGGCGACGUCGGGAUCUAGGCGGCGGGAGGUAAUCGCGGCACGUCAUGGCGCGGUCGCGGCCGACGACGGCCGGUGUUCUCGAAUCGGGAGAGACGUUCUCCGCGAAGGAGGCAAUGCCGUGGAUGCGGCGGUGGCUGCCGCCUUCUGCUUGGGAGUCGUUAGCGCAGCUUCAAGCGGCAUCGGCGGCGGUGCUUUCAUGCUCGUUCGGAUGGCCGGCGGCGGCAGAGUUCAAGCUUUUGACAUGAGAGAAACUGCUCCAACCCUAGCUUCUCAGAAUAUGUACGCGGGAAAUGCAAGUCGGAAAGCCAGUGGCCCCCUGUCGAUAGCAGUUCCCGGUGAAGUUGCAGGCCUGUACGAGGCGUGGAGACAGCUGGGAAAGCUUCCAUGGAAACGGCUUGUGAGGCCAGCCGAGGAACUCGCCCGCAAGGGAUUCAAGAUUUCUCCCUAUCUCCACAUGCAAAUGUCUAGAACCGAAUCAGGAAUCAAGGCGGAUGAGGGACUUCGCAGCAUUUUCACGUCACCAUCGGACGGAGCUCUCUUGCGCAUCGGCGACAUCUGCCGGAACAAAAAUCUGGCGAAGACGCUCAGGGAAAUCGCGAAAACUGGGUUCAAAUCCUUCUACAAUGGAUCGAUUGGAUUGAAGUUAGUCAGAGACGUCCGCAAGGCCGGAGGGAUUCUGACGAUGAAGGACUUGCAGAGCUAUCGAGUUAAAAUCAGAAAGCCUAUACGCAUUUGGGAAGAUCGUUUAGGGCUCCAGAUAUUCGGCAUGCCUCCUCCAUCGGCCGGAGGUGCUGCAAUGGCGCUUAUACUGAAUAUUCUUGCUCGCUACGGAUUUCCUCGCAGCGAUUCGAAAUCCGAGGCCCUAGCUGUUCAUCGAGAAAUUGAAGCUCUGAAGCAUGCGUUUGCUGUGAGGAUGAGUCUUGGCGAUCCUGAUUUCGUAAACGUCACGGAAGUUCUUUCCGACAUGCUCUCUCCCAAAUUUGCAGCUGAAUUACAGAAAACAAUAUACGAUAAUAUGACUUUUGAUCCCUCUCAUUAUGGUGGAAGAUGGAACUUGAUCAAUGAUCACGGCACCAGUCACAUUUCCGUUGUGGAUAAGGAACGAAAUGCCGUUUCCAUGACCAACACCGUCAACUCCUACUUUGGGGCUCAAUUCUUAUCACCGAGCACAGGGAUCGUGCUGAACAAUGAAAUGGAUGACUUCUCCAUCCCCGUAAACCGCUCUGCGAAUGUUCCACCACCAGCGCCGGCCAAUUUCAUCCGACCAUUCAAAAGGCCAAUGUCUUCCAUGACACCCACUAUUGUCUUACAGGGCGAAAAAUUGAAAGGUGUAGUAGGGGCAAGUGGUGGAUCAAUGAUAAUUGCUGGGACUACGGAGGUGUUUUUGAAUUACUUUGCCAGAGGAAUGGAUCCGCUCUCAUCAGUGAUGGCUCCAAGAUACUAUCACCAGCUGAUUCCGAAUGUGGUGCAAUACGAGAAUUGGACUACCGUGACGGGGGAUCACUUCGAGCUUCCUUCAAAAACCAGAGAGGCCCUACGAAAGAAGGGCCAUGUCCUACAAGGCCUUGCUGGCGGGACUAUUUGCCAAUUUAUUGCUCUGGAAGAUGGGGAAGGCUCCAAGUUUGGAAGGCUUGUGGCUGUAAGUGACCCCAGGAAGGGGGGAAUCCCAGCCGGUUUCUGAACCAUUGGAGAUUCUAUGUACCUCGUUUUCAGAAUUCGAUGAUUGUCUUUUUCUAUAAUUGACUCACUGCUCAAAUCAGUUAUUUUUGUCCACUGUAAUUAAUAUAUUGUGACGCCUCCUUUUGAGGAGACGUUAGAUCAAUUAAAUUUCUAAUAAAUUAUUUUACUUGGUAUUCAA